AUGCAUAUCUCCGAAAGACUACGGGCGGCCGAAGAGGCUGGACGGCCGUCCAUUUCGUUUGAAUUCUUCCCGCCGAAAACUGCACAGGGUGUUCAAAAUCUCUAUGAUCGCAUGGAUCGCAUGCAUGACCUUGGACCAACAUUCAUCGACGUCACAUGGGGUGCUGGUGGGCGACACUCAGGGUUGACCUGCGAGAUGGUCAAGGUGGCUCAGUCCGUGUAUGGACUGGAGACAUGCAUGCACCUCACGUGCACCGACAUGGAGAAAUCAAAAAUCGACGACGCGCUAAAAGAAGCCUAUAACUCGGGAUGCACGAACAUUCUUGCCCUCCGCGGCGACCCGCCCCGAGAGAACGAAAAGUGGGUGGCAUCGCAAGGCGGAUUCCAAUAUGCGCGGGACCUGGUGAAGUACAUCCGGAGCCAAUACGGGGAUCACUUCGAUAUCGGUGUGGCGGGUUAUUCUGAGGGGUGCGACGACAACAAGAACACGGACGAACUCAUCCGCCAUCUGAAGGAGAAGGUCGAUGCGGGUGGCACUUUUGUGAUCACGCAGAUGUUUUACGAUACCGACAUUUUCCUCGACUGGCUACGGAAAGUCCGGGAGGCUGGCAUUACCGUGCCUAUUAUCCCAGGAAUCAUGCCGAUUCAUACGUACGGUGCGUUUAUCCGCCGAGCGAAUUGGACUGAAUGCAACGUACCAAAGGCGUGGAUGGAGGCGUUGGAGCCAGUCAAGAAUGACGAUGCUGCUGUCCGAGACGUCGGACGGGAGUUGAUUGUGGAAAUGUGCAAACGUCUUCUGGCUGGCGGCAUCAACCACCUGCAUUUCUAUACCAUGAACCUCGCCCAGGCUACCCGCAUGGUCCUAGAAGACCUCAACCUCGUUCCCGACCUCGAGAGCCCUCUUGAGAAACCCCUCCCCUGGCGCCCCUCCAAAGGCCUCAAACGCCGCGAAGAAAACGUCCGCCCCAUCUUCUGGCGCAAUCGCAACCGAUCCUAUGUCGUCCGCACGCAAGACUGGGAUGAAUUUCCCAACGGCCGCUGGGGCGACUCCCGCUCCCCCGCGUUCGGCGAGCUGGACGCCUACGGCAUCGGCCUGAAGGGCACCAAUGAGGCGAACGUCAAGCUCUGGGGCGAACCGUCCACCAUCCGGGAUAUCUCGAACCUGUUCGUGAAGUACAUGCAGGGCAAGCUCGAUCAUCUGCCGUGGAGUGAAAAUCCGCUGUCCCUGGAGUCGGACGUUCUGCGAGGAGAACUCGUCGACCUGAACACCCGUGGCAUCUUCACCAUCAAUUCGCAGCCGCCCGUCGAUGGUGAGAAGUCGACGCAUCCUGUCUACGGCUGGGGACCGCGGAACGGCUACGUCUUCCAGAAAGCGUACCUCGAGAGUUUUGUCUCGCCGGAGAUGAUUAGCGAGCUGAUCACGCGCAUCGAGCGGAAUCCCGACAUGACCUACUACGCCGUCAACAAAGCCGGGGAGCUGAAGACGAAUGCGCCGGGUGAUGGGCCGAACGCGGUCACCUGGGGCGUCUUCCCCGGCAAAGAAAUCGUGCAGCCGACCAUUGUCGAGACGGUCAGUUUCCUGGCGUGGAAAGAUGAAUUCUACCGGCUUGGACAGGAUUGGGCGAAUUGCUAUUCCGCCACGAACCAGUCGCGCUACGUGAUCGAGGACAUGAUGGACACGUACUAUCUGGUGAAUAUCGUCCACAACGACUUCCGCAAGACCGAGGGCAUCUUCCCCCUCUUCGACGGCCUGGGACUUCAAGAUAUGGAAAAGUUGAUUCAUGCCGUCGAUAAGGGAAUCGCUACGGUUGACGGCGUCUCGGACACGUUGACCAACGGGGAUGUGAAGGGGCAACCCAACGGCCAUCCUCCGGCGCUGGCGAACGGCGUGCGUUAA